AAUGAGAGCGAAUCGUGGUCUCUGGUUUCUGCACAAGAUUAUAUUAUUUUAAUCUUCUUCUUCUUCUUCUUCACGUAAAUCCACACAAUAACAAAGAAAACAACUUUACUUUUGUCUUCUUUAAAAGUAGAACUCUUUCUCGGUUCCUAAAAGAUUCCAUCUAGAAGAAGAAGAAGAAGAGCUUGUCCCUGUUCAAAGCUAUGGCGAUGUUGCUCAAAGCUCUAUCCUUUUUCUUUGCUCUGUGCUUCGUGAGUUAUGGAACCAUGGCUACUACACAUGAGAACUCCUCCUUUUCAUUUGAUGGGUUCGCGAAGUCUCAGACUUUUUACAAGGAUGUCUCUCUGUUCGGAGAUUCGAAGCUGGUCAGUUCCACUUCUUCGAUUCAGCUGACUAACUCAGUGAGUGGAAGCUUGGGAGGAGUCUUUUACAAGAAACCCAUCAAGCUUCUCCAAGGUAAAGAGAGGAGGAACUCGCUAUCUUUCUCCACUCACUUCUCCUUCUCGAUGCCUAACGAGAUUGCUGACGUCCUGGGGUUUGUAAUGGUCCCGACAAGUUUUGAUCUUGGUCUGUUCGGUAAGAAAGACACCACCUCCUCCUCUGCUUUAGGGUUUCUGUUUCAGUUCGCAAAGAACGAGACGGUUGUUGGCUUUGAGUUUGAUGUAUCCAGUGGAGGUAACCGUGCGAGAAUCUUGAUAGGUUCUCAAAUUAGAAACCUUUCGUUUAGGGGUGACUUGAUGAUGGAGAAAGGAGGGAGGCUGAACUGUAUGGUUGAGUAUGAGGGGAGUUCCAAGAGGAUGAUGAUUCGGUUUAGAAAAGCUGGUUCGGUUAAGAUGUAUGAUCCGUUCUUCUCUUUCUCGGUGGACUUGGAGGAGCUUUGGAAUGGUGGUGAGUUCAUGGUGGGGUUAAGUUCUGCAAACGGGAACUCUUCAAAUGCGCAUUUUCUAUAUUCGUGGGGGGUUGAGGUAUGGCAUCCUCCUCCGGUGUGGAUGCAUUCAGAGCCGCUUCAGCCGUAUGAAGCAUUGGAGGGUGAUAGUUCUACUGAGGAGGAAGAGGGUGUUGGGAGAAACGAGUGUGUAUGGGGGAUGAUAGGUGUUUUGGUGUUGGGUGCAGUGUGUGGAGCCUUGGGAGCAGUGUUGGCUUUGUGUAUCUGGACAUUAUGUGGUGUGAGGAGGUCAAUGGUGGUGGUUCCAGAGGAAUGUCCUGUGAAAGCUGUUAGUUUUGUUGAAGAAGGCAAGAAGUAGUGAGGAGUUUGGUUUUGGUUUUGGAAGGUUGUCUUAUGUUGUUGUGUAAAUGUAUGAUCUUAUUCUUCUUCUUCUUCCUAGCCCUUUUGUUUGCUUUAGUGACUCUUCUGUGUGUUUCUUUUAGUUUCAGAUUUGAAGUUAAAAAUCAAUUUCAAAUGUAAAA